GAGGUUUCCAUAGUCCUCGCCCGUACACCGGUCGUCGCGGUUCAGGUGCGUUGGCCCCGAGAGUUGUAGUGCAGCAGCUGGAGUGCGCGCCAAAACAUAACGAAAAGUUAUUAUUUUACACCUGCACAACACAGCGGUUCGUACAGAGUAGGUUUUAAAAUAAUUAUUGUCACGGUGCCGUUUCGUCGUGACCUCCGUUUUUAUAUAGCACCACGACAUCAUAGCAAACCGUCACCAUAAAAUUAUUAUCAAAUACACUUCGAAUAAUAAUACUAUUAUAAUUAGCAGCGUCGCGUAGGGCGACACGCACGCCGUUUACAGCGUCCGUCUUGGCGGCGGUGAUGUGGUGUGAUAAAGGUGAUUGCCGUGCGCACAUGACGAUUCGCUCGGUCACCGUCUCGUAGGCGAGCGGCGGAUCAGUUGCAAGGCGGUCAGUACAGGAAUCGCGCGUUCCGUCGUCCGCAGUCGUCCGCGGACAACCGGUCUUCGCGGCUGUGUUUUACGCUUGCAGUGACGCCCGUGCGCCAACGCCACUGUCGCAGCAUGUCGUCGGUCGCGUACUCGAGGUCUUUGGUCUCGCUGGUUGUGGUCGUAGUCGUCGCCACCAUAUGGCCGUCAGCCGAGUCGUACAGCGUGGACAAGUACUCGCUGCUCAUGCCCAACGUGCGGCCCAAAAAGAUGGACUUGUAUUUGUGCACUCCUAUUAGGAUAGACCCAAGCAAGUCUUACUUUAUCGUCGGUUUCGAGCCAAAAGCACACGGUCAUACAUCACACCAUAUGUUACUUUAUGGGUGUUCAGAGCCCGGAAGCGAAGAUCCCGUUUGGAAUUGUGGAGAAAUGCAAAUGGCAUCAAAUAAACAUAAGACGUACAUGCAUUCAAACCCAUGCAAAUCAGGAUCUAAUAUAAUGUACGCUUGGGCUCGUGAUGCGCCAACUUUGAAACUUCCAAAUGGAGUUGGGUUUAAAGUCGGUGGUGAUUCGCAGAUCAACUAUUUAGUUUUACAGGUUCACUACCACAGGAUGUUUGAAGAUGACGAAACGGAUAACUCUGGGAUAUAUCUGCAUUACACGGAACAACAGUUAGAUAAACAAGCUGGAGUAUACCUACUGGCUACAAACGGACGAGUUCCACCGAAUGCGAUCGAACACAUGGAAACAUCGUGUCCUCUCUUCGAGAUUGGGAAAGUCAUACAUCCGUUUGCGUAUAGGGUCCACACCCACGAACUUGGUAAAGUUGUAAGCGGUUACAGAGUAAAGAAUAUUAACAAAGAAGUACAAAAAUGGGAUCUGCUUGGAAAAAGAGAUCCUAUGACUCCACAAAUGUUUUACCCAAUAGAGAACAAUAUUACCGUCGAGUCUGGUGAUAUACUGGCUGCCAGGUGCACAAUGGAGAGCAGGCGAAACACCGUUACAAGAAUCGGCGCGACGAGCGACGACGAAAUGUGCAAUUUUUACGUGAUGUACUGGGUGGAGGGGACCGAACCUCUGGAACAACAGCUCUGCGUGUCGGAAGGACCUCCACGGUAUUAUUGGGACACGGAUCCGUAUCUGACGAACAUACCGGAUGAAGAAGCGUCGAUCUUAUAAAUGAAAAAAAAACAAAAGACACUAGUGAACAAAAUGUUUGUGUGUAUUAUUGAUUCUAUUUUUUUUUUUUUUGGUUGUCAGACGUCUCGUAGUAUUCUAUAUUUUAUGAGUAUCUAACCCUCCCCCCUCCAUUCGACAUACCUACAUGUCCUUAAUGACAAUGAUAAUACCAAUAUUCCUUUUUUUUUUUUAAAUAAUUUAUUGUUGUUUGUCAUAAUUAUUAUUAUUAUUUUACGAUUGAGUUACCUAUUAUAUUAUAAUAUUAUAUAUUAAAUUAUAUACAGUAUCGACCAAAGAUGGGAUAAUCAGUAUUAAUGUUUUGAAUAUUAAUUGUGGUGCCGCAGUACCUAUGGCACAAAGGGUGUCUUGAAUAAAUAAUUAUGAAUAUUGACCAUGCUAUUGAGUA